AUGUGCAUUUUUUCAGUUCAGUUUUUCUAUCGUUAUCUUGUUGCUUAUGGUUCAAAAAUCCUAGAAACAUUAGAAGAUUGGCGUAUUGUUUUUUGGUUUUUAUGGCCAAUCUGUCAUGGAUUAAUGUGGAGUAUAGUUUGUGGUUUUGUUCUAAAUCAAUCUCCAGAAGCCAAUGAAUAUGUGAGAAAUGCUAUUUUUAAUGAUUUUGAUAUGAAUAUUGAUGACAUUGUGUUUUCCGGUCCAUAUUUCUAUCAGACAUCUGUGGAAGGAAAUUAUCAGUUGGACUUGAAAUCAUUUAUCGUUGUCAUUAUAGUUUGGAUAAUGGUCAUUAUAUCUGUAUUGACUAUGUUAUUUUUUGGAAUCAAUUGUUAUAAAAAAAUGGGAUCAAUAAUGACACAAUCUACAAAUUUUCACAAUCUACAAAAACAGUUAUUCUAUGCUCUUCUCAUUCAGACUAUUAUACCAAUUGUUCUUAUGCAUAUUCCAGUUACCUGUUUAUUUUUAUUCACAUUACUUGAAUUUGAUGUUGGAAAUAUGGCGGAUAUUUGA